AUGGCUUUAAGAACUUCUACCCUGAAAUUCCUUUUUCUUCUGUUAUCUUCAUUUGCCAUUUGCCAGAUGGCCUUGGCAGGGGAUCCAGAUAUUACCUCUGACUUUUUAGUCCCUGCAAAACAGAGGAAAGUUGAUGGAAACUUCUUCACAUUCACAGGGAUGCGAGUCCUCAUUAACGAAGACUUCCCUACAAAUUUUACAGUCCUGAAAGCUAGCAUGGUGGAGUUCCCUGCCCUAAAUGGUCAGAGUGUAUCUUAUGCUGUCCUUCAAUACCCAAUAGGCUCUCUCAACCCUCCUCACACUCAUCCUCGUUCAGCUGAGCUCCUUUUCCUUGUAGAUGGCUGCCUGGAAGUUGGUUUUGUCGACACAACCAACAAGCUUUUCACUCAGAGUCUACAAGCCGGUGAUAUGUUUAUCUUCCCAAAGGGACUUGUGCACUAUCAGUACAAUGCUGAUCCAAAUAAUCCAGCUAUAGCGAUUUCUGCUUUUGGGAGUGCAAAUGCAGGGACUGUAUCUCUUCCCAAAACCCUUUUCAGUACCAACAUUGAUGACACUAUCUUGGCUAAAUCCUUCAAAACUGAUGUUACUACCAUUCAAGCUCUCAAGGCUGGUCUUACACCUAGGUAA